AGGUAUGCUAAUGAGGGGCCCGGCGCCGCAGCCCAUUGGCCAGCCGCGGAGUGUCGGUGAAGUCAGCGCCGAGUCUCAGAAAAACAGAGCGGGGCCGACUGCAGCGUGUAGUGCUAGUGGGGCAGGACGCGCGCAGCAAGCCGCCGGGCGACCCGCAAGGAGUUGGCAUCCAUCCGAUGAGUUUGUGAAUCUGAAUCCUCUCUGCCCAGAGCUCCAGGACCAAUGCCUCUCCCAGCACUUUAAACCAUUGAGUAAUUCAGAGUCCCAGGUGCAGAAGGCUUGUCCCGCUACCACCAUGAGCUCCAAAUGUGAUGUUGGUACUUCUAGAGCUGUGAUGAAUGGCUUGGCACCUGGCAGCAAUGGGCAAGACAAAGAUACGGAUCCCACAAAAAUCUGCACUGGAAAAGGAGCAGUGACUCUCCGGGCCUCAUCCUCCUACAGGGAAGCCCCAACCAGUAGCCCUGUGAGCCCUCAGGAAACCCCAGAACAUGAAAGCAAGCCAGAUCUGGAGCCAGAGAAUCCUUCAGCAGACGAGUGGAGGCCUUCUUCCAGUGCUGAUGCCAAUGGGAAUGCCCAGCCAUCUUCACUUGCUGCCAAAGGCUACAGAAGUGUGCAUCCCAGCCUUCCAGCUGACAAGCCCCAGGAUUUCUCUCCACGCCCUCCUCUCCCUCCAGAGGGGCGCUUUGCAUGGCAGACUCCCACCGUCGGCAGUACCCAUAAAAACUCCCUAUACAUGAGCUCACCAAAGCCUUACAUCCCACUCAGCAUCCCCAGCCAGCAGAACCCCUCACAGCCGCAGCCCAUCUCUGUCCCCCUGGCAGUUAGACCAACUCACAAAGAUGUGGUGUAUUCUGGUCCCUUGCUUCCGGGUUCCACGUUCUGCAGUGCUUUAUCCAAACCCCAGCGCCACUAUGCAGCCACAAGAUUAGUUCCUAAUAAGAAUGUGAGCUCUAACCCACGUCAUGAGGCCACUGGGAAUAAAAAGAUCAGCAGCUUAUAUGUACCUUGUUUAUCCAAUAACAUUUGCUGGGCCGCCUCGGAAAACUCUCAUGUUGCACGUGACCCGGCCAAAGACACUCCCUUGGAGGCUGCAGGCACCCAGGCACCAGCUCCCAGCCUUGUCCCCCGCACAGCCAGCACAGGAAAACCACCUCCUGUUCCUCCUCCUGACCUUUCCAAGCUAUUCUUUGACAUCCACAAAGAUGCCGGUAACUGUGGCGAGCGUCCCUCUCUGGGGACGUGGGCUUUGUUUCCAGAUGCAGUGAGACCACCUGUGCUAGGCCCCCAGGUUACUUCUGAUCCUGAAACACGGAAGAGCAAAGAAAUUUACCUUUUGCAGCCAAGUUGUCCAGCCAAGGAUGCCACUUCCUCCAGCCCAGCUCAGCCUGAGGUAAUAGUUGUCCCUCUCUACCUGGUUAAUACUGACAGAGGGCAAGAAGGCACUGCCAGACCUCCAGCAUCUCUGGAGCCACUUGGCUGCAUCCACACUACCCUGGUGACCACCCCUGCUGCCUCACCUCUGACCUUCCCGACUCUAGAUGAUUUCAUUCCCCCUCAUCUGCAGAGGCGGCCCCACCACAGCCAACCAGCCAGUGCUUGUGGCUCCCUUCCCCCUGUUAGCCAGACACCACCAUCCUUCUCACCACCACCUCCGCUGGUCCCUCCCAUUCCGGAGGACCUCCACAGAGUCUCCAAGCCUGACCUCACGGGAGCUGUUUCAAGUACCGGUUCCAGUUCUCUACUAAAUGAAGUUUCUUCUUCCCUUAUUGCAACUGAUUCCCAAGCCUUCCCACCAGUGUGCAAGCCAUCAUCUGCUUACCCCUCCACCACAAUUGUCAAUCCCACCAUUGUGCUCUUGCAGCACAAUCGAGAACAGCAAAAACGGCUCAGUAGCCUUUCAGAUCCUGUCUCAGAAAGAAGAGUGGGUGAGGACUCAUCACCAACCCAAGAGAAACCCACAUCACCCACCAGGGCUGCUGAAAAAAGAGCAAAAGAUGACAGUAGGCGGGUGGUUAAAAGCACACAGGACCUAAGCGAUGUGUCCAUGGAUGAAGUGGGCAUUCCACUCCGGAAUACCGAGAGAUCAAAAGACUGGUACAAGACUAUGUUUAAGCAGAUUCACAAACUGAACAGAGACACUCCUGAAGAAAACCCUUAUUUCCCUACGUACAAAUUCCCUGAACUUCCUGAAAUCCAGCAAAAUUCUGAAGAGGACAAUCCUUAUACUCCUACCUACCAGUUUCCUGCAUCUACUCCUAGUCCUAAAUCCGAAGAUGAGGAUUCAGAUCUGUACUCUCCUCGAUACUCCUUUUCUGAAGACACAAAAUCUCCUCUUUCUGUGCCUCGCUCAAAAAGUGAGAUGAGCUACAUUGAUGGUGAGAAGGUGGUUAAGAGGUCAGCCACACUUCCCCUCCCAGCUCGUUCUUCCUCACUAAAAUCCAGCCCAGAAAGAAAUGACUGGGAGCCCCCAGAUAAGAAAGUGGAUACCAGAAAAUACCGAGCAGAGCCCAAAAGCAUUUAUGAAUAUCAGCCGGGCAAGUCUUCCGUCCUGAACAACGAAAAGAUGAGUCGGGAUAUAAGCCCAGAAGAGAUAGAUUUAAAGAAUGAACCUUGGUAUAAAUUCUUUUCGGAAUUGGAGUUUGGGAAACCGCCUCCCAAAAAGAUAUGGGAUUAUACUCCAGGAGACUGCUCUAUCCUUCCUAGAGAGGAUAGAAAGACUAAUCUAGAGAAAGAUCUCAACCUCUGCCAAACAGAGUCAGAGGCAGAUUUAGAAAAAAUGGAGACGAUUAAUAAAGCAAGCAGUUCAAACUCGCCACAGAGCUCAGCAGUCAGCCCCACUCCGGACAUUUCUUCAGAGCCUCCUGGAUAUAUAUAUUCUUCCAACUUCCAUGCAGUGAAGAGGGAAUCAGAUGGGGCUCCUGGGGAUCUCACUAGCUUGGAGAAUGAGAGGCAGAUUUAUAAAAGUGUCUUGGAAGGUGGUGACAUCCCUCUUCAGGGCCUGAGUGGGCUCAAGCGACCCUCCAGCUCAGCUUCCAUGAAAGAUUCCGAAUCACCAAGACAUUUUAUACCAGCUGAUUACUUGGAAUCCACAGAAGAAUUUAUUCGAAGACGUCAUGAUGAUAAAGAGAAACUUUUAGCGGACCAGAGACGACUUAAGCGCGAGCAAGAAGAGGCCGACAUUGCAGCUCGACGCCACACAGGCGUCAUCCCGACGCACCAUCAGUUUAUCACUAAUGAGCGCUUUGGGGAUCUCCUCAAUAUAGACGAUACCGCAAAAAGGAAAUCUGGGUCAGAGAUGAGACCUGCCAGAGCCAAAUUUGACUUUAAAGCACAAACACUAAAGGAGCUUCCUCUGCAGAAGGGAGACAUUGUUUACAUUUAUAAGCAGAUUGAUCAGAACUGGUACGAAGGCGAGCACCAUGGCCGAGUGGGAAUCUUCCCAUGUACCUACAUUGAGCUUCUUCCUCCUGCUGAGAAGGCUCAGCCCAAAAAGUUGCCGCCUGUGCAGGUUUUGGAAUAUGGAGAAGCUGUUGCUAAGUUUAACUUUAAUGGUGAUACACAGGUAGAAAUGUCUUUCAGAAAGGGUGAAAGGAUCACACUACUUCGACAGGUGGAUGAGAACUGGUAUGAAGGGAGGAUUCCAGGGACUUCCCGACAGGGCAUCUUCCCCAUCACUUAUGUGGAUGUGCUCAAACGGCCACUGGUAAAAAACCCUGUGGAUUACAUUGACCUGCCUUACUCCUCCUCUCCAAGUCGCAGCGCCACUGCCAGUCCUCAGUGCCCCAGUCACAGCAGGAUCAUCAUGCCAGCCCCCUCAUCUCUGCCCCAUCCCCGGAGAGCCCUGUCCCCUGAGAUGCACGCUGUCACCUCCGAGUGGAUCUCGCUGACUGUAGGGCUCCCAAGCAGGCGUUCUCUGGCCCUCACUCCACCCUUGCCUCCUCUGCCCGAGGCGUCUGUCUAUGACAUGGACCACUUCAGCUCGUCAGCGCGGGCCUGUCCCUCCCUGCCUAUCAGCCUCCCUCAUGGGAGUUGGUCAGAUCACUCUACUCCACACUCAGUGGUUUCCCCAUUGGCCUUGCCUGCUCCUCAGAAAGCCUACUCACUGGCCCCAAGCUCACAGGCCUCUCUUCAUGUCAAUGGAGAUGGUGGCUUCCACAUGCCAUCUUCAGGCAUUCGCGGAGAUAGCUACUCCCAGCCACUCUUUGGGAGCUCUGAUAGGGUCAUCUCAGAGCUUAGCGGUGCCUUUAGCAGCCAGAGCAAACUGCAGCCCUGGCAAGAAGAGAAUGAACAAUGUGAAAGAAAAGCAGAGAGCAAGGCAGGUGAGAGAUGCCCUGGUGGACCCAAGAUCUCUAAGAAGAGCUGCUUGAAGCCUUCAGAUGUGGUCAGGUGCCUGAGUACUGAACAGAGACUCUCAGAGCUCCGCACUCCUGAGGAGAGCCGGCCCAGCAAGCCUCUGGGCAGCACUUUUCCAGGAAGGGAGGCGGGGCAGACAGGACUGCAUAGAGGUGGCGAGGCUGAGAGGAGAGCUGCUCAGAGUGGUAUGAGCCAGCCUUCUCAUCAUUCAUUGAGAGCAGGACCUGAUCUCACAGAAUCUGAAAAGAGCUAUGUGGAAGCAGUUUGCAAUGAGAUCAUAAACAUUGCCGAAAAAUCUGUUCAUUACUGCAGCACUGUCUCUCAUCCCCUUGACUUUCAUCACAAGGUAUCCCCUUCUGACAAUAAAUCAUCUUUAAUCAUUUCUCAGCAACCUCAAGCCCAGCAGCGAAGAGUCACCCCAGACAGGAGUCAAACCUCACAGGAUUUCUAUAGCUACCAAGCAUUAUACAGCUACACACCACAAAAUGAUGAUGAGUUGGAACUCCGAGAUGGAGAUAUCGUUGAUGUCAUGGAAAAAUGUGAUGAUGGAUGGUUUGUUGGUACUUCAAGAAGGACCAGACAGUUUGGCACUUUUCCAGGCAACUAUGUAAAACCUUUAUAUCUGUAAGAAGAUUGAAAAACACAGAGAUUAUUCUUAUUGGAGAAUGAAGCAAAAUUCACACACCAGUCUCUUUAUUUAAAUAUUGAACCAGUAGGAAAAUUAAUGCAGUGGAUAAAGUAAGAAGUAAAAAAGAGGAAUAGAGAAAUGUUGUAUUUAAAAGCUAAGCUUGUGUAUCAAGGCUGAGCCAUAUGCUGGGCAAAAAUAAUUAAGGUAAAUCUGUAUUUACUUACUUGCUUCUGGAAGCUGCUCCAACCUUCCGCGCUCCUCCCCCACUUGGGUAACCUGACCUAAAGAAAAGUCCAGGAGUAGAGUUAGGCAGAAAUGCUUCCUGCUAACCUGGCCUUAACAAGCCCCAUAUCAAAGGGGACCUUGAGCCGAAAGCAAGCUUUGGGAUGCCACACAGGUCCCCAGCCAUGACCCAGAGGUGCUGAACCUGAGCAUCUACUGACUAUCUGAUCCUCCAUCCCUGGCUACCCUGGAGAAAGCUGAUCCCCAAGAGCUGCUAGGGUUCAGUGUAGGCUGCUAUCCCUUGACGGGGUGAAAGUGCCCAGCCUGUCCGAGGUAAAAAUCUAUCCUCCGACCUCCUGAGGUCCAGGGAAGGAAAUGGAGGCAAAUUAGGAGCCCUGUGCAUAAUGGCUGUUGUGCAGCAUUGCUGUCGAUGGCUGUGAUGUUCAGAGAGAAAAGCACAAAAGGUUCAUCCUGAGAACUGAGGAGAAGAUAGCCGGGCAGAAAUGUUAUAUUCUUGUUUUCAUGUGAUCAUGUCAGGAAGCCCUGCGGAUCUGGAGAUCACUUGCAACGUGUCCCUUUCCCUGGCUUUUGUAAACAAUCAACUUCAGGGCAGUGCAGUUGCAUUUAUAAGGCCUCUGUUGCUAACCUUUUAUUUCUGACUUGUGUUUGGCUGGAACAGUUUGGGAUUGGUAGGCCUAUUCUCAUAGGAAAUCCAGAGCAGUGUGUAAUGAUUCAUUUAAAAUGCAUCAGUGUGUGUUGGCUUCUGGGACACCCGUGAGUAAGACACGCCCAGUCCUAGAAGGACUCCGUGUCUCCAGUUUUACACUCUAGAAGAGUUCAAGGGCUGCUCAGAAUAUAGACCUUAAGGCUGUGAAUCCUGAGACACCUGAUGAGACAUCCCCACAGGGCAGAGUGCAGAAGCAGCUAUUCUGCCACUAAUGGCAGCCUCCAGGAAGUCUGUCUUUGAUGGGUGCUGGAUCUGAGGGAGUCCUGUGACACCCAGAGUUCUUAGUCACAACUGUGUGCAAGUUGUGACAGGGAUGUCUGUCAGCUUCUCUGUUAGAUCCUUUAGUGACACAAGGAUAGAAGUGAAAUGUUUCCUGCCUGCCAGGAACUUGGAGGUGACUGGGGAGACACAGAAAAGGACCUUAAGACAGACUGUGAUAAGUGCUAGGAAGGUGUGCGAGGAAGAGAGGAGUUUCUCCUGGAAGGAUCCUAGAAAGCAUCGUCAUACUUCUGUCUCCAUUAGUUCAUUUUUGAAUAAGUAGGAUGCCUGGAGAGCUUUUGUCCCAGGUAGUUUGUGGCUGGAAAUACUUGGAAGUUUUUCCACAGCCUUCAUACUCUCAUUAGCCCCACAAAUAUAGGUUCAAGGUCACAAAUAGAUGUAGCAAUUCUCGGUCAUAGGUUUGUGUCCUGGAAGCCCUGGAUCUCUCUGUGCAUGUCUAAGAAUUGCCCCAGAACCAGUGCUCCCAAAUCUGGAGUCUUCACGAGUAAGCAAAAUUUGUGUUCAGCACCCUGACUCAGCUGCUCUUCCAGAUGCCCAUCUUAGGAUCCUACCACCGCCCACCAGUCCGCUGCAGUACCCUCACCUUCUUCAUGUGCUUCUUUCAAGGAGGCUCUCAGGAAGAAACCAAACUGUAAAUGACUCACAAGGGGAAUGAAUGUGUUACCUCUCCCCACAGACAUUUGUUUUGAACUAAAAUGGACCAGAGCCUUAAUCCCAAGGAAAAAGACUGUGAAAUUGUGCGGAAGGGGAUUUCUGGAUAGAAAGAGGCUUCAUGAUUUUCUUUAGGUCUCAGUGACAGUAAGUGAAAGGUCUGCUCCACCGUUCAGGAGCACUGUUGUUUCAUUUUCUCCCUCUCUCUCUGAGGGAAUACAGUAGAAAUGCGUAUGCACGUGCAUCUUGCACGGCAGCAUUACUCCCAUUUUGGAAUGUAAUCCUUGUAUUGGCUAAUAUGUUUCCUGGUCUUUCUUAGAUGCAAACCAUUAAUAACGUGAUAUAAUCUAAUAGUCUUUUGAGGGGUGCUUCUUGAUUAAGUAGGUAAUUUUGAACACCUCUUUAAAUACAGCUAGAAAAUGAAACCAAUUUGUAACACCACAUUUGCAUACAAUGCCAGCCUCACAUCUUUGUAUAUUGCCCAAAAUCCAGGUAUGACUCAUCAGUUUGCCCAUCUUUAAUAAAAUAUGUUAAAAUGCAUUACUUUUGCUUCCUAUGUAUCACAAAACAAAGAACAAGUAUUUCCAAUUACUCUUUUGUCUUCAGACAUUUAGUAAUAUAAAGUACCUAUUUUUAUGCUGAAAUGUUUCUACAGGUUUAUUACAGCAGGUGCAACUAACUGAUGCAUGUCUUGAGACACAUUUUGAUAUAUUAGCCAUGCUUCCAGGCAAAGGCAAGCCCAAACUACUUAUCUUUUGCAGUCUCUCUGGGAUCAGUAAAAGAAGAAAAAAAAAAUCAUGUGCUUGAGAAGUGGGACUGUAAAUAUGUAUAUUUAACUUUGUAUAGCCAGUGUACCUACCUUGUAUAAAAAAUAAUUUUAAAAAUUUGAAUGAAAGGGGGGAGAGAUAAGGAAGUCAUGAAGUUUUUUGCUUUUUUAUUUAAAUGAAAGAAUUCCAUAUAACUCACCUGCAGACUUUAGCACAAAAAUAGCCAUCAUACACUGUUAAAAUUUGCAACAAUUAUUUUCUUGGGAGGAGAAAGUAUGAUCUCAGUUAUAAUUUUUUAAAAUUUUGUUUCAUUGAUGGAUUUUUGCAGUCCUAUUUAUCUGCAGUAGCAUUAAGUUCUAUUGCUAGAAUAGGUUACUACAAAAAUACAUUCUGAAAGAAAAGCAACUGACAUGUAUAACCAAUUAAUUUAAAGUGUUCCACUUAAAUUACACACUGAGAGCAUGUACUAUGCAGGCACACUUUUUUUGUUCAUUUAUUUUUCUUUAUUGCGGUGGAUUUGAUAAAUAGAUGUGUUGAAUUACUAUCUUUAUUGUACAUAUUAUUUAAUAAACUUUCUUCAGAAUUGCGUGGCA